AUGAGCGUUGGAGUAUCCUUUUUUGAUUGUCUUCACAAGGGCAUAUUUAAUGGAUUCUCAGUUACACUUAAAGAGGAUGGUGUUCGUGGUUUGGCUAAAGGAUGGGCUCCGACUUUCAUUGGCUAUUCUAUGCAAGGGCUCUGCAAGUUUGGCUUUUAUGAAGUUUUCAAAGUCUUGUAUAGCAACAUGCUUGGAGAGGAGAAUGCCUAUCUCUGGCGCACAUCACUAUAUUUGGCUGCCUCUCUCAGUGCUGAAUUCUUUGCUGACAUUGCCCUGGCUCCUAUGGAAGCUGCUAAGGUUAGAAUUCAAACCCAACCAGGUUAUGCCAACACCUUGAGGGAUGCAGCUCCCAAAAUGUAUAAGGAAGAAGGCUUAAAAGCAUUCUACAAGGGGGUUGCUCCUCUCUGGAUGAGACAGAUACCAUACACCAUGAUGAAAUUUGCCUGCUUUGAACAUACUGUUGAAGCAUUAUAUAAGUUUGUGGUUCCCAAGCCCCAAAGUGAAUGUUCAAAGGCAGAGCAACUGGUUGUAACAUUUGUAGCAGGUUAUAUAGCUGGAGUCUUCUGUGCAAUUGUUUCUCAUCCUGCUGAUUCUGUGGUAUCUGUGUUGAAUAAAGAGAAAGGUAGCAGUGCUUCUCAAGUCCUUCAGAGACUCGGAUUUAAAGGUGUAUGGAAGGGACUCUUUGCCCGUAUCAUCAUGAUUGGCACUCUGACUGCACUACAGUGGUUCAUCUAUGACUCUGUGAAGGUCUACUUCAGGCUCCCUCGCCCACCUCCACCUGAAAUGCCAGAGUCUCUGAAGAAGAAGCUUGGGUUAACUCAGUAGAUUGAUCAAAGCAAAUGUGGACUGAAUCUGCUUGUUGAUCAGUGUUGAGAAAAGUGCAAGAGGAACUUUUUUAUAUAUUUGACAGUGUAGGAAAU